GGACCGGCGGCGCUCAGAGUCCGGGGGACGGUUGCUGAGCGGACUUGGGAUCCCGGGUCGCCGCGCCUCCUGCCCGUACGUCCCUCGUCCAUCUGUCCGAGCCAAGCAAGUUAGCCCAAGACCGCGCCGGGCGGGCGGGCUGGACUGAGAGAAUCCCCUGAGCUGGUGUCAAGUGCACUGGAGAUCUCACCACAAGGGGACAGACGGAGGUAGGGGCCAGUGAGAUGGCAGAUGAUGCCUUGGCUGGGCUGGACGAGGGAGCCCUGCGGAAGCUGCUGGAGGUCACAGUGGAUCUGGCGGAGCGGCGGCACAUCCGCUCAGCCAUUCGGGAGCUGCAGCGGCAGGAGCUAGAGCGUGAGGAGGAGGCCCUGGCGUCCAAGCGCUUCCGUGCUGAGCGGCAGGACAACAAGGAGAACUGGCUGCACUUGCAGCAGCGGGAGGCUGAGCAGCGGGCAGCCCUGACACAGCUGGCAGGGCAGCUGGACUCCAUGAACGAUGUGGAGGAGUUGACCGCACUGCUGCGAAGUGCUGGCGAGUAUGAGGAGCGGAAGCUGAUCCGAGCUGCCAUCCGCCGCGUACGGGCCCAGGAGAUUGAGGCGGCCACCUUGGCCGGGAGACUGUGCAGUGGGCGGCCCAUUGGUGGUUCAAGAGAGGACAGCAAAGGGCGGCCAGCACACAGGCGGGAACGGCAUGAGGUGCCAGAGCAAGAGGAACAGGAGCAGGCAGGGGCCCCAGAGCCAGCCCCAACACCUGAUGUGACCAGUCGGGAUGUGACCACGGUGACACUCCUGCUGCGGGCCCCUCCUGGGGACACACCCAGCUCACCCACUGCUGCCUCCCCUGACCCUCCACUGGAGCCUGCUGAGGCUCCAGGCAGCCCUGAGCCCCCUAGCCCACCUGAGGACACCAGCCCUGAGCCCCAGGAGCCACCAGCCCCACUCAGCACUGAGAGGCAGGUGGUCAACAAGCUCCUGCCUAGCCCCACAGAGCCCCCUGCUGCCCAGGGCCCCACCAGAAGUGACUCCGACACAAAGGGAGCAGACCUGGCCAGACCCCCUCCCCGCCAACGUUCCCUGUCAGUGCUCAGCCCCCGCCAGCCAGCCCAGAACCAAGAGCCCACCCACCUAGCCAGUGGACCUUCCCCAUUCCAGCGGGCUAGCUCCGUGCAGGACCGUGUCCGCAAGUUCACAUCCGAUUCUCCCAUGGCUGCAGGGCUCCAGGACGGCCCACGGAGGGCGGCCCUUAGCACCCCAAGCCCCACAAGGAUCCUGAGCCCCUCCCUCAUCAGCACCACCCCUGCCUCCUCCUCCAGCAGCUCCUCCUUGAGGGGCCCUAGUCACACCUCCUCCCGCCUCAUCAAGGAACAGCCAGAAACAGCCCGGCCCCUGGCCCAGCUUCAGAGCUGCCCCCGGGAGGAGGGCCCCAGGGGGCGGGGCUUGGCUCCCAGGCCCCUUGAAAACAGAGCAGGGGGGCCCACUGCCCGCUCAGAGGAGCCCAGUGCCCGGCUACCCGUGGCCGCCAGCACUGCUGAGCCAGGGGGCAGCAUGAAGACCACGUUCACCAUCGAGAUCAAGGAUGGCCGUGGCCAGGCCUCCACAGGCCGUGUGCUGCUACCCACCAGCAGCCAGAGGGCAGAAGUGACACUGGGACUGCGGGCGCCCCCAACCCUCCUCAGCACCAGCAUUGGGGGCGCAAGCACUGUCACCCAUGUCAGCAGCCCUGGGACACCGGCCCGGCUGGGCAGCAUCACUCAUGUCACCAGCUUCAGCCAUGCCCCCACUAGUAACAGGGGAGGUCGCAGCAUUAAGAUGGAGCCAGAGCCAGCACAGCCCCCCUCUGCAGGAGUAGAAGCAGCCAAUGGCACUGAGCAGGCCCAAGUGGACAAAGCUCCAGAGCAGCGAAGCUCAUUGAGUGCUGAGGAACUGAUGGCCAUUGAGGACGAGGGCAUCCUGGAUAAGAUGCUGGAUCAGACCACAGACUUUGAGGAGCGGAGGCUCAUCCGGGCUGCACUACGUGAGCUCCGACAAAGGAAAAGAGACCAGCGGGAAAAGGAGCGGGAACGGCGGCUACAGGAGGCACGGGCCCGGCCAGGGGAAGGCCGUGGCAACACAGCCACCGAGACCACCACACGGCACAGUCAGCGGGCAGCCGAUGGCUCAGCCGUCAGCACAGUCACCAAGACUGAGCGGCUCGUCCACUCCAAUGAUAGUACCCGGACGUCCCGCACCACCACAGUAGAGUCAAGUUUCGUGAGGCGCUCGGAGAAUGGCAGUGGCAGCACCAUGGUGCAAACCAAGACCUUCUCCUCUUCCUCAUCCAAGAAGAUGGGCAGCAUCUUCGACCGCGAGGAUGAGGCCAGCCAACGGCGCAGCAGUGUGGCAGCGCUUGAAAAACGCCAGGCCGAGAAGAAAAAGGAACUGAUGAAGGCGCAGAGUCUGCCGAAAACGUCGGCCUCCCAGGCGCGCAAGGCCAUGAUCGAGAAGCUUGAGAAGGAGGGUACCACAGGCAGCCCUGGUGGUCCCCGCACAGCCGUGCAGCGCUCCACCAGCUUCGGGGUCCCCAACGCCAACAGCAUUAAGCAGAUGUUGCUGGACUGGUGUCGAGCCAAGACGCGUGGCUAUGAGCACGUGGACAUCCAGAACUUCUCCUCAAGCUGGAGCGACGGGAUGGCCUUCUGUGCCCUAGUGCACAACUUCUUCCCCGAGGCCUUUGACUACGGGCAGCUCAGCCCACAGAACCGGCGCCAGAACUUUGAGGUGGCCUUCUCAUCUGCUGAGACCCAUGCGGACUGCCCGCAGCUCCUGGACACAGAGGACAUGGUGCGGCUUCGAGAGCCUGACUGGAAGUGCGUGUACACGUACAUCCAGGAGUUCUACCGCUGUCUGGUCCAGAAGGGGCUGGUAAAAACCAAAAAGUCCUAACCCGUUUGGGGCUCCACGGAUGCUGGUGGACUGCGUGCCCCUAGUGGAGGUGGAGGACAUGAUGAUCAUGGGCAAGAAGCCCGACCCCAAGUGCGUCUUCACAUACGUACAGUCGCUCUACAACCACCUGCGGCGCCAC